GGCGCAUGCGCAGCGGGAGUCGAAGCGGAGACUACCCCCCCCACCCGCCCCCGAGGUCGCGCGAGAGCCGUAAGCGGGGUUGGUGGGCGCUAUGCUAUCACCCGAGGCAGAGCGAGUGCUGCGGUACCUUGUAGAGGUGGAGGAGCUCGCUGAAGAGGUGCUGGCGGACAAGCGGCAGAUUGUGGACUUGGACACUAAAAGGAAUCAGAAUCGAGAGGGCCUGAGGGCCCUGCAGAAGGAUCUCAGCCUCUCUGAAGAUGUGAUGGUUUGCUUCGGGAACAUGUUUAUCAAGAUGCCUCACCCUGAGACAAAGGAAAUGAUUGAAAAAGAUCAGGAUCAUCUGGAUAAAGAAAUAGAAAAACUCCGGAAGCAACUUAAAGUGAAGGUCAACCGCCUUUUUGAGGCCCAAGGUAUUAUUGGCUUAGCAGGGACUGGAGAUGAGGAGGGGAGGGAAUCAUCAGCCUGGACUUUGAAGGGCAGGGAUGGGAAGCCCGACCCUCAGAGAUGGGCAGUGUCCGGGGCAGCCUGUGAGUGGCCCUGGAGGUGUGCACAGUGGUUGGUUGUAGCUGCCCAGGGACAGAAUGGACAGGGGGAUUUAUACAGUCCUAGUCCUGUCACAGCUUCUUUUCCAGGUCCCAGGAACCACUUGGGGUGAUCUCACGUUAUACAUCAGGGCAUGGCAUGGGGAUCAGGUAUCUCUGACUGAGGAAACGCAGAAGGCUUCAGUGAGUGAUUGAGGUCAGAGCUGAAAUUCUUGAUAAACGCAAGCACUCUAGAUUGGUCACAGGUCUUGGAAAAACCUGAGGUUCUUUGGGCAGCAGAGGUAUGACUUUGCAGGCUCUUGGUGACACAGGAGCGGUGGUGAUGCCUCAUCCGGUGCAUUGCAGAAUUGGAGGCCCAUCCCUGCCAGACCUCCAGGCCAAGUUUGGCAGCAUUAGUGCAGCAUCAGCCCCUUUCCUGGGCCUGGCUCCAGAGCCAGCAGGAGGCCUGACGUGCUGAUGAAUCAUCUUCUCUCCUAGGCAAACCGGAGCUGAAGGGUUUUAACUUGAACCCCCUCAACCAGGAUGAGCUUAAAGCUCUCAAGGUCAUCUUGAAAGGAUGAGACUCAAGAACCAAGAUGGGGGACCAGCAACCCCCCAGGGUCAUGGAGGACCCAGGACCCUCCAACCUUGACACCUGUAAGGACAGGAUCUGCCCUGUAAGGGGACAGCCGUCAUGAAAACCUCUUUGUAGUGCUUGGCUACUCUGUGAUGGCAGGAGGGAACCUUCAGCCUGUCUGGCUGCUGGACCUGGACACCAGGGCUCAGUGGACACAAGAUCUAUUGACGGGCCUUGGUAGCCACCAGUGGGUGUGUGGGGCAGUGGUUGUGGGGGUGUAAGAAUGACUGCAACAGGCACUUCCCAACAAUGGCCUGCUGUUCACAUGGACCCUGAGCAAGGAAGGAGGGAGGGAGGGGCAGAGUGGAGUUUCAUUCCAGCAUUCCUCUCAGAAGGGAGAGAGGUUUCCAGGCAGGUGCCAUGCGAUUGGAAUAAAGCAGGAGGCUCAUGGGUGGUUGCUGAAUGAAGAACACAAUCUUGGUGCUUUGUGGCUCACCACAGCCAUCUGUGGGGCAGGCACACACACCUCCCGCCAGCUCCAUUUUUGUACUUUUUCCCUGCUUGAUUCCAAGAGUAGGUGCUGCCUAGCAGCCCUUCGUGGCCGCUCUUUACUCAGGAGGGCCUUGCAGAGUCCUGCACCAGGCCUGGGUGAGUGGGUGUGCUUCUUACUAUAUGACACGUGUCAAGAGUGCCCUUCCGCGCCCUCUGAAAGUGGGGCCUGGCCAGCACUGCUUGUUACUGUCUGCCUUCAGUGGUCUGAGGUCCCAGUAUGAACUGCCGUGAAGUCAAAACUCUUAUGUGUUCAUUAAGGGCUCAAUAAAUGUUAGCUGAAUGAA